AUGCUUCAGAGGCUGUGGAGGUGUCUAUCAUUAAUUUCUACUAGAUCGAUUCAAAGAAUGCCCGAAUACGCUGGUAAACUCUGCCUUGCUCCGAUGGUGAGAAGUGGAGAGCUCCCGACUCGGCUUAUGGCCUUAAAGUUUGGAGCUGAUUUAGUGUGGUCACCAGAAAUAAUCGACAAGAAAAUCAGAACGUGUUCCCGUGUCGAGAACAAAGAACUUGAGACCAUUGAUUUUAUCGAGACGGGGAAAAACGGCUCAAAAAACUCUUUGAUCUUCCGCACCAACCGAAAGUAUGAAGAAGGGAAAUUAAUCUUCCAACUUGGUUCAGCAGAUCCUGAUAUAGCUGUGGAAGGAGCACUAAAAGUCAUCCAAGAUGUAGAUGGGAUUGAUCUUAAUUGUGGAUGCCCGAAACCAUUUUCAACACACGCUGGCAUGGGUGCAGCUUUGCUUUCUAACCCAGAUCUUCUCUGCCUGAUCUUGGAGAACUUGGUGGAGAAGGUUGGUAAACCUUAUAGAAAGCCAAUUAGUGCCAAGAUUAGAUUAUUAGAUUCUAAAAGCGCCGAACCAAGUCUAGCGUUAAUCGAUAGACUUUGUUCCACAGGAAUCACAAAUUUAACUGUUCAUUGCAGAACAAGAGAAAUGCGCAACAGAGAAAGUCCAGUUCGGGAUUACGUUUCGCAAAUCUAUGAUCUCACGAACAAAAGAGGAGUUUCACUUGUCAUAAAUGGGGCGUUUCGGUGCAGAAAGGAAGCCGAACAAUUCAAGCAGUUCAUGGGUAACGACCAGAUAGGGAUAAUGAUGGCAGAGGCAGCAGAAUCCAACCCAUCGGUCUUCAGCAAGGAUCCAUUGGCAUGGAAAGAGGUUUUGGUAGAGUUUGUAAAAACUUGCAUCUCUUGUGAUAAUCAUCCCAGCAACACAAAGUAUAUUCUUCUCAAUCAGCUUCCAGGAAAGUCGAAGUAUUACCAACAACUCUGCAAACUCAAAAAGAACGAAGACUUUUUAAAGCUUGUGGAGAGUAUUGAGGAUGAUGGAACGAAAAUUUUCAUUCGGGUGAUGCAAAAAGAUCGUCUCUACGAUAAGGAAGAGCUCGAGACCAUUUUUGGUCCAAAGAAGCGUACUUUGAUUACGCCACCCCAAGAAGAAGCGAUGAUUCAUAAAAAGAAAAGGGCAGAAUGUGCUUAG